AUGGAGGCAGAAGGUGUCUCAAAGGCUGAAGACGGAGCUGAGGAUCCAGGUCCCAAAGCUGGCCAGCCCGAUGUUGCUCAGUCUGACGCCCCCCCUGGAGUGCAGUCCCCGGGCCCCACGGCUCUCUGGGAGACGGUAGAGAGGAAGUUUCUGGAGUAUCAGCAGUUGGCUCAUAGGAGCCCGGCUGACCGCCAGGAGAGCCUGCUGCGCCUUCUCCCACUGUUCCUAAAGGCCUGGGAGCACUCCGUGGGGCUCAUCUGCUUUCCCAGCCUGCACAGGCUGGCCGGCGAAGUGUCCAGCCAGCUCGCCCAGGAGAUCCAGCAGGUGCUGGUGGGAAAGCCUGCGGAGCAAGCGCGGGCGGCCGCGGGGCAGCUGCUGCGGUGGAAGCGGGAUGCGCAGCAGGACGGCUACCUGCUCCUGAAGUCGGCCUUCCUGCUCUCGGGGACGGACACGGAGGCACUGGGCAGCGUUGCCGAGUCGGGGCUCCCAGCCCUGCUCCUGCAGUGUCUGUACCUCUUCUUCGUCUUUCCUCUGGAGGAGGACGAGCAUUCGGAGGACGAUGUUCAAGUUCAGAGGAUGUUUGUGCAGAUGUUGCUCAACAUCUGCAGCGAGCCUCAGGGGCUGGAGGGCCUCCUCGCAGGGAAUGAGCUCCAGGCAUUGCUGAUUGCCACCACCUGCCUCCGGGAGCACAGCUGCUGCUUUUGGAAGGAGCCUACCUUCUGUGUGCUGAGGGCCAUCUCCCAGGCCCAGGACCUCAGCGUCAUUCAGUACCUGCAGGCCAGGGACUGCAUCAAGCUCUGCCUCCAGAACCUCUCCCGGCUGGCGGACUCGCUCCCCGCCCCCGAGCUGAGCGAGGCUGCCGGCCUGGUCCUGGGCUUCGUGAAGGACGCCUACCCUGUCUCCCAGGCUCUGCUCCUGGAGUUUGAGAAUGGGGAGGGCUACCCUCUGCUGCUCAAAGUGUUCCUCCGGUACGACGGGCUGCACCUGCGCGAAGUGGAUCCCCACCUGGAGGAGCUCCUGGGGCUGGUGGUGUGGCUGACGACCUGCGGGCGGGCGGAGCUGAAGGUGUUCGACAGCGUCACCUACCCUCAGCUGGAAGGCUUCAAGUUCCACCAGGAGGCCUCCGGGGUGACCGUUAAGAACCUCCAGGCCUUCCAGGUCCUGCAGAAUGUUUUCCACAAAGCCAGCGACGCCCUCCUCUGCACGCACGUGCUCUCGGCCAUCAGGACCAUGUGGGCCUGGAACGCCCGCAACUUCUUCCUGCUGGAGUGGACCCUGCAGCCCAUCUCCCAGUUCGUGGAGCUCGUGCCCCUGAAGCCGGCCCAGGUGCAGACGCAUUUCUUCCAGCUGCUGGAGGCCCUGGUGUUCGAGCUGCGUUACGUGCCCCACGAGAUCCUGGGGAAGGUGCAGCGCCUGAUCAUGGAGAGCUCUGAGCCGCUCUGCACCCUCAGGGCCCUGCAGAGUGUCCUCAGGAUCGCCGGCGCGGACCCACUCUUCACAGACAUUUUCCGGGACUCGGGGCUCCUGGGCCUGCUGCUCGCCCAGCUGCGGAAGCGGGCCAAGGUCCUGAGGAAGUCAGGAAACAAGGAGCCCACCCCCGGUGUCCGGGACCCAGAGCGGGAACUGACGGGUGUGAUGCUGGAGACCGUAGUCGCGCUGCUGAACGGCUCCGUCCGGAACGCGGUUGUCCUGAAAGACCAUGGCAUGGUGCCCUUCAUCAAGAUCUUCCUGGACGAUGAGUGGUACCGCGGAGCCUCCCUCAGCAUCCUGGAGCAGCUCUCAGCCAUCAACGCCGAGGAGUACAUGAGCAUCAUCGUGGGCGCGCUGUGCUCGUCCACGCAGGGGGAGCUGCAACUGAAACUGGAUCUCCUAAAGUCUCUCCUCCGGAUCCUGGAGACGCCCAAAGGCCGUGCUGCUUUCAGAGUCUCCAGUGGGUUCAAUGGGCUGCUGUCCCUGCUCUCUGACCUGGAGGGUUCUCUCCAGGACCCCCCCGGGCAGAUGUGGGGGGCGGUGUCCCCCAGCCAGACCCUGGGCCUGGUCCUGCACACCCUCUGUGCGGUGUCUGCAGCGCUGCACCUGGACCCUGUCAAUGGGGACUUCUUCAGGAGGAACGGGCUCUUCGAGAAGCUGGCCGAGGACCUCUGCUUGCUGGGCUGCUUCGGGCCCCCAGAGGAAGAAGGAGCCGCUCUGCACUCCGGGGAGACCUCCAAGGCCAGGCCAUUUGCUGAUUUGCUGAGGGUGGCCUUCUCUUCUGUCAGCCUCUUCCCACCCAAGAUACAGAGCUGUCUCCAGAUCCUCAGCUUCCUGGACAGCAUGGCCAGCGGCACCCUCCACCGGCGCUGGGACCUGAAGGCGCCGCUCAGAGCUGGGCCGGAAGCAGCUGUGGACGCCCAGAAGGGAGAAGCUGGCAGCGACCCCCAAGGCAACUUGGAGCAGUGGCCAGACCUGGAGGAGAGGACGGAUGAAAGUGAUGCCGUGAUCAUGCACCCCGGGGCCCUGUGCAUCAUGGUCCAGCUGCUGCCUCGGCUGUACCAUCACGACCACCCCCAGGUGGAUUCUCUGAGCGGCCACAUGGCAGCCCAGGGCUCUGAAAGGACAAUGGAGGAGGUGUUCCUGAGCCUGGGGCCCGGCUGGUUUCUGCUGCUCCUGCAGGGCCACCUGCACCCCAGCACCACUGUGCUGGGCCUGAAGCUGCUGCUGCACUUUCUGUCAAGCCCCGCCCUGCGCGAGCGCUUUAAGGACGGCCUGCCUGCGGGAUCCUGGGUGGAACACUGUGCAGAGGGCGCGGACAUCCUGAUGGAUAACCUGAAGAGCCACCCUCCUGCGCCCGACCAGGGCCCCUGCCUGCUUCCUGGAUUCCGGGUCUUGAAUGACUUUCUGGCCCACCACGUUCACAUUCCGGAAGUCUACCUCAUCGUGUCCGCCUUCUUCCUCCAGACGCCACUCACAGAGCUGACGGGUGGACCCAAAGACAGCCUGGACGCCACGCUGCAGGGGCUCCUGCGGGCGCACCGCGCAGAGGAAGUCCUCCGGGCCGGGCUGUGCACGGAGGGGGCCCUGCUGCUCCUGAGGAUGCUGAAGGCCACCAUGAGCCGGCCCCCGACAGGCCUUGGAGACGGCGCCGGGGAGCACCAGUUCCCGGCCAGCGUGCUGCAGUUCCUGGGCCAGGUGCACAGUGCCUACCCUCAGGACCCUGCCUGGCGGGCCCCGGAGUUCCUCCAGACCUUUGCCGUCGUCACCUUCCCACUGGGAACAAACAAGGGGGUCACCACUGAGUUCGCCCAGAAUGCCAGCAGCCCUGGGGCCGAGGCUGAAGGUGAGGGCAUCGUGGAGGGUCUACAGGCUCCUGCCAAGUCCCACCCCACACGGAAACAGCUGAGGGUGUUCAUGCAGCUCCUCUUGAGGGAUCUCCUGCUUGCAGCUUCCAGCCCCAAGCAGUGGCUGCCGCUGGAGGUGCUGCUGGAGGCUUCUCCAGACAAUGCCACCAGCCAACAGAAGCGAGACUUCCAGUCUGAGGUCCUGCUCUCCACCAUGGAAAUAUUUCACAUGAUGAGAGGAGGUGACGUGUCGAUGCUCAGAGGCGAUAAGGAGCCUCAGCCAAACUCAGAAGCUGCUGCUGCUCCUUCACUCACGAUCAUCACCCACUUCACCCAGAAGCUGGUAGAGAAGCUGUACAGUGGAAUGUUCUCAGCAGAUCCCAGGCACAUCCUCACAGAACACAUCAUGGUGGUCAUUGAGAAUGCCUCCUCACAAAGGGACAGCACCAUCAGCACUUUAUACAGCAGCCUGAAUAAAGUCAUCCUGUACUGCCUCUCCCAGCCCCAGCAGUCCCUCUCCGAGGGCCUGGGCCUGCUCCGCGUCCUGCACUUCCUGCAGGAGCACUGGGACAUCAUCUUCGCCACCUACAACUCCAACGCCAGCUUCCUGCUGUGCCUCAUGCACUGUCUGCUCCAGCUCAGCGAGGGGAGUUAUCCUGAAGGAUUUGGAUUGGAACCCAAGCCUAGAAUGACUCCUUAUCAUCAAGUGUUUCUUUCUCCAAAUGAAGACACGAGAGAGAAGAGAGUGGAUGACUCCCCAAGUUUGACUGAUGUCCAGCACAGCAUCCAGAGGACCGUGCACGCUCUCUGGCAGCAGCUCAUGGCGCAGAGAUGGCAGGAGCUGGAGGACACCUUCAAGAUCGAUCUCUCCGUCAAACCCGGGGAGAGAGAAGUGAAGAUGGACGAGGUCACCCCGCUCUGGGAGGAGACGAUGCUCAAGGCCUGGCAGCAUUACCUAGCAUCUGAGAAGAAAUCUCUGGCCAGUCGCUCGAAUGUCGGACAUCACAGCAAAGUCACUUCGUGGAGUGAAAGCUUGUCCUCGGCCAUGAGGCUGAUCCCGGGGCGGCAGGCCAAGGACCCCGAGUGCAAGACAGAGGAUUUUGUGUCGUGUAUCGAAAACUACAGAAGAAAAGGACAAGAGCUCUAUGCAUCUUUAUACAAAGAUCACGUGCAGAGGCGGAGGUGCGGCGACAUCAAGGCCGCCAGAGCCUGGGCCCGCAUCCAGGAGCAGCUUUUCGGGGAGCUGGGCUUGUGGGGCCCGGCAGCAGGAGCCAUACCCUGUCACCGGUGGGAGCUGGACUGGAGAGAAGGGCCUGCGCGCAUGAGGAAGCGCCUCAGACGCCUGUCUCCCAGCGAGGCCCAGCGUGCAGAAGGGCCCCAGGAAAGCCAGGACAGAAAUGGUGAUAUUUCUCAAACAAAUGCUGAAAACGGAGGGGAGCUGACCCCCAGGGAGGCCGAGGGCGAGAGCGACGAGGUGGCAGCAGACUGCACCCGGCUGACCUUCUUCCCGUCCCUGCGCGAAAGUCAGCACUCCGAGGAUUUCCUCGAACUGUGUCGGGAAAGACAAGUUAUUUUACAGGAGCUUCUUGACCAUGAGAAGGUGACACAGAAGUACUCCGUGGUGCUCGUGCAGGGCCACCUGGUCUCCGAGGCGCUCCUGCUCUUUGGCCACCAGCACUUCUACAUCUGCGAGAACUUCACACUCUCCCCCGUGGGUGACGUCUACUGCACCCGCCACUGCUUAUCCAACAUCAGUGAUCCAUUCAUUUUCAACCUGUGCAGCAAAGACAGGUCCUCCGACCAUUACUCCUGCCGGCGCCACAGCUACGGGGACCUCCGCCUGCAGCAGUGAAAGGGUUUCUCUUUAUAGGACAUUGCCCUGGAGAUCUUUUUCCGAAAUGGAUGCUCCAAGUUUUUUGUCUUCCACAACAGCGAUCGGAGUAAGGUCUUCAAAAGCUUCUGCUCCUUCCAACCCAGCUUGAAGGGGAAAGGCGCCCCAGAGGAACCCCUCCACCUCAGGAGGUACCCCGGCUCCGACAGGACCAUGCUGCAGAGGUGGCAGAAAAGGGACAUCAGCAAUUUUGAGUACCUCAUGCACCUCAACACGCUGGCUGGGAGGACCCACAACGACUACAUGCAGUACCCUGUGUUCCCCUGGGUGUUGGCUGACUACACCUCACAGACAUUGAACUUGACAAACCCCAAGACGUUUCGGGACCUUUCAAAGCCCAUGGGCGCUCAGACGAAGGAAAGAAGGCUGAAGUUCAUCCAGAGGUUUAAAGAAGUGGAGAAGACGGAAGGAGACAUGACCGUCCAGUGCCACUACUGUACUCACUACUCCUCGGCCAAUCCCUUUACCCAGGCCUUCUGCUCGCUGCAGGGCGGGAGCUUCGAUGUGGCAGACAGAAUGUUCCACAGCGUGAAGGGCGCAUGGGAGUCGGCCUCCAGAGAGAACAUGAGUGACGUGCGGGAGCUGACCCCGGAGUUCUUCUUCCUGCCCGAGUUCCUCACCAACUGCAACGCCGUGGAGUUUGGCUGCAUGCAGGACGGGACGGCACUGGGGGACGUGCAGCUCCCUCCCUGGGCGGAUGGGGACCCUGGAAAAUUCAUCAGUCUGCACAGACAGGCUUUGGAAAGUGACUUCGUCAGUGCCAACCUCCACCACUGGAUAGACCUCAUUUUUGGGUACAAGCAGCAGGGGUCGGCCGCCGUGGAGGCGGUGAACACCUUCCACCCCUACUUCUAUGGAGACAAAGUGGACCUCGGCAGCAUUGGGGACCCCCUGAUCAGGAACACCAUCCUGGGGUUUGUCAGCAACUUUGGGCAGGUGCCCAAACAGCUCUUCACCAAACCCCACCCGGCCCGGACGGCGGCAGGGAAGCUCUCACCUGGAAAGGAUGUCACCACACCUUCGAGCCUGCAGGGCCACCCACAGCCCUUUCCCUGCAGCCUGCAGGCCCUGCGGCCCUCCCAGGUCACUGUCAAAGAUAUGUACCUUUUCUCUCUAGGCUCAGAGUCCCCCAAAGGCGCCAUCGGCCACAUCGUCCCCACCGAGAAGAGCGUCCUGGCCGUGGAGAGGGGCAAGCUGCUGCUGCCACCCGCCUGGAGCAGGACCUUCUGCUGGGGAGCCGACGACCUCAGCUGCUGCCUGGGCAGCUAUGGCUCCGACAAGGUCCUGAUGACGUUCGAGAACCUGGCUGACUGGGGCCGCUGUCUGUGUGCUGUGUGCCCGUCCCCCACGACAAUCGUCACCUCUGGGGACAGCACCGUGGUCUGCGUAUGGGAGCUCAGUAUGGCCAAAGGCCGCCCUAAUGGCCUGCACCUCAAGCAGGCCUUGUACGGACACACCCAGGCUGUCACCUGCCUGGCAGCAUCAGCCACCUUCAGCAUCCUGGUGAGCGGCUCCCAGGACUGCACCUGCAUCCUGUGGGACCUGGACUACCUCACCCACGUGGCCCGCCUGCCCGCCCACCAGGAGGCCAUAUCUGCCGUGGCCAUCAGCGACAUCUCGGGCAUCGUUGUCUCCUGUGCUGGAGCCCAUCUGUCCCUGUGGAAUGUCAACGGACAGCCCCUGGCCAGCAUCACCACAGCCUGGGGCCCAGAAGGAGCCAUAACCUGCUGCUGCACAGUGGAGGGGCCAGCAUGGGACGCAAGCCACGCCAUCAUCACUGGAAGUCGCGACGGCAUGGUCCGGAUUUGGAAGACCGAGGACAUGAAGGGGUCUGUUCCUGGGCAGGUGACACCGGAGGAGCCCUCGGCUCCGCCCACCAGCCCGAAAGGUCACAGGUGUGAGAAGAAUCUUGCCCUGUGCAGAGAGCUGGACAUCAGUGUUGCUUUGACAGGGAAGCCCAGCAAGACCAGCCCUGCAGUGACGGCUCUGGCCAUGUCCAGAAACCAGCCCAAGCUCCUGGUAGGUGAUGAGAAGGGGAGAAUAUUUUGCUGGUCGGCAGAGGGGUAG